GAUGUUGUACUACAACUGUUACACAAUUUUACGCGGGCCAUAUUUAAGGUCCAGAACUCUCGAGUAAGGCAUGCUUUCUGUUCCGUUUGAUCUUUUUUCUUUUUUUCUUCCGGCACCAAUAGAUUAUUGCCUGAAUAUUCUAUAGGCAUGAAUUUGCCUGCAUGUUGACUUAAAUGCAAGUCGUAAUAUCACUACCCUUCUAGAAGUACUGAAUGGGCACCGGGAUUCCGCAAGAGGCCAUAGGUGCCUCUGCUGCCGUCCUGUCAUACUCAUUCCUAUGCCUCAUCUUGGUCACCUUACUCAUAUGUAUGCUUUGGACCUAUGGUGAACGAUGGACAUGUAAGUUUACUUUCCCAAGUUUACGCUGAUGUAUCUAACAAGGAUAGAUGUAACAUUUCUUGCCGAGUUCUCUGCAUUGAGCACACUUGGUUCCAUCGCACAGCAGAUACAUUUCAAUCGUGAUUGGCUCAUUGUUAAGCAAGAUGAUUAUGAGACGGCAUUAAAAGCUGUAGACUUGCCAGCUUUGGGUCUUUCGGGUGUAGGGAAUGAAGUCGAUCUCACACUAUUCACAAUUCGUAUGUUCCCUUCCCAAUCUUGCCAAUUUGAUGAAUGCUAAUCUCUUGACACAGAAUUUUAUUCUUAUAAUGUUAUGGCUCUGAUGGUGCUCUUUUGGUAAGUCGGUUCGAAUUCAAAUAAUUAAGCCCUUGGAAUCUAACAAUAACCAGGGCUGUUAAACUCUUCUGUGGUUCCUGGGAAAUCCGCGCCAACUUCCUUGGUAGCUGGAUGCGAGAAAACAUAUCCCUCAUUUCCAAGAUAUUUGCGGUCAUCAUGCCGGGCAUUCUUGUAGGCGUUGGAAAGGCCCCAGCUGUGCUGAAAAGCCCCGGAGCAACUUUUAUUCUAACUAACCUUACAAGUAAGUUAUUUUUAGCCAAUCAUUUUAUGAUGGUGGAAGGCAUGUUUUCGGAACUUGAGCUGACUUCGCGAUUUAGUGCUCGUAAGCUUGUCGAUUGGCAGUAUCCUCAUGAUUCUCAUUCUCUACAAAUAUAUCAAAACACGGCGACUUCUAUUUGCACACGAUAAACGUAACGGUUGGUGGGGUUCGAGUGGUGCAGCGACAGCGACUGAUACGACGGGCACCUGCGCUGUAAAUGGAAGUGGUAUUACCAAUGAUAAUUCCAAAGCAAGCCGCCGUUCUCUUUACGAUCGUGCACUUAUCACCCGGUUCACCAUUGGUUUCGUUAUUCUUCUGUGAGUUUCUUGGUGGCUCAAUAUUGGAGUGAUUAAGAAAGCUGAUAAGUCUUUAAAAGGGUCCUUGAAGUCGCAUUAAUCAUUUUUUCCUUAUACUCCGCAAAAAACUUUCAAAAACUUGCGAAAUCAUCAUCUCCCGACUUCGCCGUCUCUAGCUGCAUCAUUGAUAUUGUCCUCUUCAUACCUGGAGUUUCGACAUCAUUCUUAGUAUUUCUCGUGUUCGGGACCAACAAAUCUCCCAAACAGUACAAAGAUUUAGUCGUUAGCGUAUGUGGUCGUCGUACGAAAUUUCCCAAAAGCAAAAGAAGAGGAGUGAUGGCAUCCGGAGACGAGGAACAGGGCACCGAAUUUCAAAGAUUGCCUAGCGUGUGCACCAAAGUCCUCACGCUCACGCCGCAAGAACCAGCAGUAGUAGAAGCAAAAACGCGAGGCAUGUUAUUUGACCAACGAACAUCUAUCGGGACACAAUAUACGACAUACACGACGCAGACCGGGAAAAGUAGACCAGGGUCAUCAGUACACACUCAUACACGCACUUUGAGUCCCACAACCAGUAGUUUCAAUUUCAGUCAUCCAGCAUCAGCUAAAAACGAAUUCCGAUCCGUGAUCUCCAAGGAGGAACGUGAUGCAGGGGAGGCUUGGGCGAGACAGAACGAUUUGGAAAUCGGAUUGGCGUUGGAACAAAAGUGGACCGGUCAUGCAUUUGCAAGGGACAGGGAUUCAGUUGGAAAUUUAACUGCCGGGAAUGCCAUGUCUCAUGGAGAUCUCGGUUCCAUGCCACCUCGGAAUUUUCUCUUGGAUGAUAGUGAUGAGCAUGAGGGAUGGACGAGAUAAAUGGGUAGAAGGAAGAGAGUUCUAAUGAUUUUACGAUUGAUACCCUUGGUAACGGAGCGAUUUUUGCAUCGGCAUCGGCGGUCUUUGUAUAAAAAUGGGGCAAUGUAUACUUAUGGGAUAUAGGUGGGAUGGAAAAAUGUAUAAAUGCAUUAGGGAUUUCGAACCUUCCGAAUUGGGUACUAGUAAGGUUUACAAAGCAUUCGGUAGGGAACUUGGGAGGAAACUUUCACGUGUAUAGAAUUACCACAUCUAGAACAUUUAGCGAAUAUCAAAAGAAAUUAAAAUG